UUUUAUUGCUAAUGAGGUGGUUUGGAAUAUGGAGGCGGUAGCGGGCGCGGGCGCUCUCGGCGGCUGGCGAAUCGCUCGGUUCGGUGGUGCGUGCGGCGCAAGGGAUGCAGGGCCGGACCGGGCGCCGGGCCGCGGUGGUGGCCAGCGGCCGGGCGCUCUUCAGUGUCGCUCAGUUCGCGGCGCGCGGUGGUCGUGCGGCGAGCGCGCGGAUGUCUACGAGAUGAGGCUGGCUCUGGUGUUACUGUGGCUGGGCGCGGCGGCCGCCUGCGGCCCGGGCCGAGGCUUCACCAACCGCCCGGGGCCGCGGCACCGCGUCUACCCCCUCGUCUUCCGUCAGCACGUGCCCAACAUCAGCGAGGAGAACGGCCGCGCCAGCGGCCCCCCUGAGGGUCGCAUCAUCAGAGACGAUGAAAAGUUCAAAGACUUAGUGCCUAAUUAUAAUCCGGACAUCGAUUUCAAGGAUGACGAGGGUACGGGCGCAGAUCGCCUCAUGACCCAGAGAUGCAAAGAGAAGCUAAACACGCUCGCGAUCAGCGUGAUGAACCAAUGGCCCGGCGUCCGACUGCGGGUGAUCGAGGGCUGGGACGAGGAGGGCUCGCACUUGGAGCACUCGCUGCACUACGAGGGGCGGGCGGUGGACGUGACCACGAGCGACCGCGACCGCAGGAAAUACGGCAUGCUGGCGCGGCUGGCGUACGAGGCCGGCUUCGACUGGGUGUUCUAUGAGAGCCGGUCCUACAUACACUGCUCGGUUCGGACAGAAUCGUCAAGCGGCAUGGGUGCAGGCUGUUUCCCGGGCGGCGCGGUGGUGCACACGCCGGAGGGUGCGCGAGACAUCGGCACCCUGCGGAUAGGGGAUCGAGUACUCGCUGCUGAUGACAGCGGCAAGAUGGUGUUCUCGGAGGUUGUAACAUUCAUCGACCGAGAUCCAAACGCGACUCGAAGAUUCAUAGAAGUGACAGCAGAGAACGGCGUAGCGAUCACGGCUACUCCGUCGCAUCUGCUCCUGCUGGCGGCCGCGGACGGCUGGCGGGAAGCGUUCGCGGGCGACGUGCGACCCGGUGACGUGCUGCUCACGCGCGGCACCGGCGGCGUCAUGCGGCCUUCGCGCGUCACGCAUACCCGACCCGUCCACAAGCGCGGGGUGUUCGCGCCGCUGACGAAAACGGGCACGAUCAUAGUGGACGACGCGCUAGCGUCCUGCUACGCCGUAGUCAAGAGCCACUCGCUGGCGCAUGCUGUCAUGGCGCCGCUCCGCUGGACGGCCGGCUGGAGCUCCGCCGACAGCCCACGAGGCGUCCACUGGUACGCCAGCGCGCUCUACUACGUCGGAGACGCCGUGUUACCGUCGUCGUACUCCUACCAUUGAUAUUGUUAAGUGAUAGUGGAACUUGCCGCGUCGCACGCGGGUCGUGCACCGCUCGGACGACUGUAAAUAGAACCCAGUGUAAAUACCCCGCCAUUGUAAAUAUAUUCGACUAUAGAAAUGUUCGACAACGAUUUAUAUAUGUAUCCGAUAGGAAUUAAUUUAUUAAGUAGUCUUAGGACGUAAGCUGAGAUCGCAUAGGUAUUAUUUAGUUCAAAGUUUUGAAUGUUUGUAAAUUGUGUCGGUAUUGUUAUUCUGCACAAUGCAGAAAUAAUUAAAUGUAUGCGCUUAUGUCUUUUUAAGUAUUUACCAGAUAACUGUAAGUGAACGAGUUAGAGAUGUAAGGUGUGGACUAAAGUUAUUUUUCGUUAGCGAUUCCGUUACCGAUUGCGAUCGGCACUGUUAUGGUGCUGUUCGCCGACUGUCUCUUGUUAGGAAACAUUCCAAGCCUCCAAUCGAUUGGCUUGCUAACAGAUUUAGGUUUUAAAUGUGUCGACGCAUAUGAAUUUUACCUAAAUCCUCUGAAUUAGUACAAGGAAUACUUCGAAAUUAAUUUCGUUGUGUCAUACCUGACUCGAAAUCCGUCAUAAUUUUUCGUGGAUUCCAGCAAGUUUGAUAUCCUGCGACACAAUUUAUUUUUCCCGCGCCUGAAAGUUGAGAAAUCGGAUUCACUAAAAGCCCUUUUAAUUUAACAACCCAUAUAUACAUCCAGAGCAUCAUUUGCGAAUAUGAUAGCUAUCCGUAAAGUUUCAGUUUCCUUAACAUUCGAAAACUCGGGGGAUGUUGGACGUUGUUUAGUUUGUGUACGACCCAUAUGCACGAACAUCAUUAGAAAAUGAUAAAAUUGUGAUCUUGGUACCUAAAACAGUGCCUUAAGAUUUAUUUAUUGUUAUUUAUAAGCUUCUUAUUUAUAAAUUGACGAUAGCUAAUAGAUUUAACUAAAACCUAUUCACCUUAACUUAUUUUCGCAUGACAUAUUUUCCACUUUCUUUUUUAAUUUAUUUUUCUCUCGAUUCUUUAUUAAUUUAUGCCCCUCUUUUGUUUAUCUUUUUUUUUUCUUUUUGUUUCGAAUGAAAUCUUUGAAUGUGCCUUAUUUUAUACAUCUAACGUUUAUUGUGGUCUGAGUUAAAGUUCUAGCUUGUGAAAUAUUUGAAAUAUUAACUUAGGAGUGUAUUUUUAGCUUUAGCUUCUUUUGUAUAAGUAAGCCGUCGUUGCCAACUGAUGUUACAAACGCGUUGUUAACAAGUGCCGUUUGACAAUGGCUGCAGAGGGCCUACCGCGAACACUGAAGUCCGCAAAAUUCGAGCAUCUUUCUGUUUUACUCUAAUUAAGGCGUAAUUAGAGUGAACGAGAUAGUUGCUCGAAUUUGACGACCUUCUAUUUUCACGGUUAUAGCCCAGAUCGUAUCAAAGAUCGUGAACUGAUGUUUGGGUUCCUAUAGUUUGAUUUAGUAAAAUGUUGUCCGUUGACUGGCAACACCGUUUAGGAAUAAUAUAAACAUGCUUCCAAAUUUUAUUGCAGUUAAUAACGUUUUACAAUGAGCAUAAUGAUCACUUUGUACAGUCGACCGUAUGGAAACGGGCCAACAUGGAACCACUUCAUGUAUAACUUGAUGUUUAUGCCUAAGUGACGUUAGUGUGAGGCCACACUGGUGCGUUGCGUUUUUUCGUCGCAGGCAUCCUCGCAGCGUCGACGCUGCGUCAUUUUACAUUGAAUGCGUUGCGACGACGCAACGCAACGCAUCAGUGUGGCCUAGUCCUUAUAUACAAAACGAAGGCCCAGGGUUCCAUUUUUCUGAGUGUACAUGUUCCUAGACAUGGCCUAAAAGGAUUUAUACAAUAGAUUUAUUCAUAUAAUAAGAAUAUACUUACGUAGCAGGUAAAUCUGAAAGCUUUAACUAAUAUUUUGACAAUAAUAUAAUGCCAUAAGUUUGCCAUACAAACAGUUUAGUUUUAAAAACAGAAACUGAACUGUCAAGUAAAUGACUUUGAAAAGCACAACAAGUUAAAUAUAAUUUAAUAUUGUGAACAUAACAAUUAAAUAAGUAGGGUAAAACCGAUCUAAAAUGAACACUCCUCUCAUGAGUUAACGCUCACAUUUGAAUGUGACGAUUGGAGAGGCAUUCAUUUUAAGGCCUGUGCACACCGGCUACGUGUGUAGUGUGUUGUAAUAUACAGAUCUUUAUGAAAGACGGCACACGGGUUGCGUAACGUGCGCGUGAACGGCCCCAACAUUUUAGUCUACGCACACGCAGCAGGUGUGCUCUGGUCUUUAAGUUGGUUUUACUAGGAUAAAGCUGUGGCAUAAAAAGUAGGUAACUUAAUUAAAAUAUUCAAAUUAUCAAGGAAGUCUAUUAAUAUCUGACAAGGAAUAACUUGAUGUUUGACAUGUCCAUAAGUGUAUGAUAUCUUUACCUAUUAUGUCAUUAUUUGGUAGACAAGUUUAGGUAAAUUUACUCAAUGUGUAUAGGAAUAAAAUACAAAAAUGUAUUGUGCUUUUUAUAUUAUUUAUUUAUUGCUGUUAUUUUGUAACAAUAUAAAAAACUCCAAUCAA